AUGAGGAAGAUCAGUGCAUCCACAGUCAUCCGCGGCAAAAGGAAGAACAUAACAACUCAACCAGAAGAUGAAGUUGGACAAAAUCAAUCUACCAAUCUAGAAAUCCAUUUUGAUAAAGAGAAUCAUAUCAACUUUAGAGAUCAUGACACUUCAAUACCAUUACAAGAAUUCAACACACCGUCAAGCAAUCAAAUGAAUGGUAAUCAAAACAAUCAUUUGCCAAGCACUUCAAAGUCCAUUUUGACAUGCAACAACACUUUAACAACGAAUAAGAGGCGUGUACUUAGGCCUCUUCGUAACAAUAUGGAAACCCCAUCUAGCACCGUGACUAAUGGUUCAUGUGUUGUUAAUCCAACCUUAACUCAAGGCAAUGUACGGUUGAAUCGGUUCUUAAUGCCUGAGUUUGACAAUGUCAAUAGAGGAUCAAGUUCUGUUACAUCUUUGCAGAAUGGUUCAUGUGUUGUGAAUCCAACCUUAAAUCAAGGCAAUGUACGGUUGAAUAGGUUGUUAAUGCCCGAGUUUGACACGGUCACUAGAGGAUCAACUUAUGUUACAUCUUUGCAGAAUGGUACAUAUUUAGACUUUGGUGAUCCAAUAUAUUCAUGUGACCAUUGUGGUGCGGUGUUUUGGAUGGAAGAAAGGAUCAACCAAAUUUUGGGAACUUCAAGACCAAAGUAUUCGCUUUGUUGUACUCACGGAAAAAUCAAGUUGCCUACUAAACCGACUCCGCCUGCUGCAUUGACUUUGAAUAAUGGUACUGCACCACCUGUUUUCCGCUUACACGGUCAGAAUUUCCACCUUUUGGGAAGCCUAAUGCCUGAAUUUGGCUCUCGACCGAAAGAAGAUGAUGUUCACAAUAAACUACAUGCAGAGAUAGUACAAGACAUACAAGACGCAUUAGAUCAAAACAAUGUCUUAGUAAAAAGUUUUCGCAUGGCAAGAACAGAGAUUGAAACAAAUCCGAUGGCAGAGAUUAAGAUCAAAUUAAUAGGAAAGAGGAAUAAGGAUGCGCGAACGUAUAAUUUACCACAAGUCAGUGAAGUGGCGGCUUUGAUAGUGGGAGACUUAGAUCCAAAUAUGGGAGAACGUGAUAUCUUGGUGGAAUCAAGAUCUGGUAUUUUUAAAAGGAUUAGUGAAUUAAACCCGGCCUAUCUACCACUGCAGUACCCAUUGUUAUUCCCAUUUGGUGAAGACGGAUAUAGAGAGGAUAUUCAAUUCUCAGGUGUUCAACAACAAGGCCGACCUGGUCGUAUUAGGAUUAGUCCUAGAGAAUACUUCUCCUAUUAUAUUCAAGAUAGAAAAAAUGAGAUGUCAAAAUUGUUGUUCGCAAGAAGGUUGUUACAACAAUUCCUGGUAGAUGCAUACACUAUGAUCGAAUCUGGGCGUUUAGUAUAUGUUGUUGGGACCCACCAAAGAUCAUUGAGAUGUGAGUCUUAUAAAUGCUUGACAGAUGCUCUGACCCAUGGUGAACUUGAUCCAUCUGCCCAAGGCCGUCGAAUUAUUUUGCCUUCAACUUUUAUAGGUGGUGCAAGAUAUAUGGUCCAAAAUUACCAGGAUGCGAUGGCAAUAUGUCGAUGGAUUGGGUAUCCAACUCUCUUUAUUACAUUCACAUGUAACCCAAAAUGGCCUGAAAUUGUCAGAUUUUUGGAAGAGAGAAGGUUAAAGGCAGAAGAUCGGCCAGAUAUAAUAUGUCGUGUCUUUAAGAUGAAGUUAAAUGCUCUAAUCAAGGAGAUUCAUAAAGAAAACAUAUUUGGUUCUGUUCUAGCAGUGAUUUAUACCAUUGAAUUUCAGAAAAGAGGUUUACCGCAUGCGCACAUAUUGUUGUUUCUGGCAAAUCACCGUGGGUCUGUGGCUGCAACAGAUUUAGACAACUUCAUUUCAGCAGAUAUACCAAGUGAGUUGUGCGACCCAGAGUAUCACAAAGCAGUAGAAGAAUUUAUGAUGUACGGUCCGUGUGGUACGUGUAGGAAGAAUUCACCAUGCAUGGUUAAUGGUAGAUGCUCCAAAUAUUAUCCAAAGAAAUUUGUAGAGAAAUCAACAAUGGAUGAAGAGGGUUAUCCUGUUUACCGUAGGAGUGACAACGGUAGGACCAUAAAGAAAAAUGGUAUAGAUCUAGAUAGCAGGUAUGUCGUUCCACACAACAGGCAUUUAUUGGUGAAGUAUAGCGCUCAUAUAAAUGCAGAGUGGUGCAAUCAAUCCAGAUCAAUUAAGUACUUAUUUAAGUAUGUGAACAAGGAGAAUGAUCGGGUUACGGCUGAAUUCUACAACAGUGUUGCUGAUGAAGCUAAUGGAAAGGUAAUCGAUGAGAUCAAGAUGUAUUAUGAUUGUAGGUAUAUUUCACCCUGUGAGGCAGCAUGGAAGAUGUUCGCCUUUGAUAUACAGAUGAGGGAUCCGUCUGUAGAGCGCUUGAGCUUUCAUCUACCAAAUGAGCAAUCAAUCAUAUUUAAUGAUGAUGAUGUUGUCAAUGAUGUUGUUAACCGUUCAACUUAUACUUCAUUUAGAGAUGUCUGUUAUGCACAUGGUUUAAUCGAGGAUGAUAAAGAGUAUGUUGACGCGAUUAGUGAAGCAGCGAUAUGGUCCUCAGCACAUUCUUUACGUAAAUUGUUUGUAACCUUAUUGACAUCAAAUUCAAUGGCGAAACCAGAGAAAGUGUGGGAUAUUGUUUGGCAAUACCUAGUUGAUGAUGUUGAGUUCAAUGCUAAAAGAAAUACAAGUAAUCCAGAUUUGAUGCUCAAUGACGAACAGAAGAAAAAUGGGGCAUUAAUGGAAGUGGAAAAGUUGUUGAAUGCUUGGAACAAGUCUCUAAGUGAUUAUCCACCAAUGCCGAUGCCAGUGGAAAGUCAUGAAUACUAUUUCGGUAAUCGGUUGUUGUACGAAGAAUUGGCGUACGACAAAGAAGCUUUAAAGCUAGAACAUGAAUCUCUGUUUUCUAAACUAACUGAUGAACAAUUACUCAUAUACAACAAAGUGAUUGUGGAUGUUGAAUCUAAUAAAGGUGGUUUGUUCUUUGUUUAUGGAUAUGGUGGAACUGGCAAGACAUUUUUAUGGAGGACACUGUCGGCUGCUUUAAGGUCAAAGGGACAAGUUGUUUUGAAUGUAGCAUCAAGCGGUAUAGCCUCACUACUUUUACCGGGUGGAAGGACUGCACACUCAAGAUUUUCUAUCCCCAUUGCAGUGAAUGAAGACUCAACUUGCAACAUUAGCCAAGGUAGUCCACUUGCUGAAUUGAUUAUAAAAGCUAAGUUAAUCAUAUGGGAUGAAGCUCCGAUGAUGCACAAACAUUGUUUUGAAGCAUUAGAUCGGACAAUGAGAGGCAUAUUGCGAUUCACCAAUCCAAAAAGCUUAGAAAUGUCUUUUGGUGGAAAAACAGUGGUACUUGGAGGUGAUUUUAGACAAAUACUACCAGUUAUACCAAAAGGCAGCAGACAAGAAAUAGUACAAGCAAGUAUAAACUCAUCAUACUUGUGGAGUAAUUGCGAAGUACUACACUUAACCAAGAAUCUUAGGUUGCGUGGAAUUUCAAGUGCAGAAGAAGUUGCUAAGUUAAGCAGCUUUGCAAAACGGAUUGCUGAUCUAGGAGAUGGAAAUUUAGGAGAAGAGAAAAAUGGUGUCUUCAAUAUAAGGAUUCCAGAUAAUUUUGUUUUAAGAAAUGAAGUUGACCCCAUAGCAGAAAUUGUCGAAAGCACAUUUCCUUCAUACGGUCAUGGUCAAUUUGAUCAUAAAUUUUUAGAGUCCCGAGCUAUAUUAGCUCCAACAUUAGAUGUUGUGGACAAGGUGAAUGAAUACAUGAACAGUAUGAAUGAGGCAACUUCCAAGACAUAUUUGAGCUGUGAUUCGGUUUGCAAGUCAGAUACAAGUUCUGAUAUGUUAUCGGAGGUUCACACUACAGAGUUCCUUAACAGUUUGAGAUGCUCCGGUGUUCCAAACCAUUCUUUAACAUUAAAGGUUGGAUCGCCAAUUAUGCUGCUCAGAAAUAUAGACCACUCAUUGGGAUUGUGCAAUGGUACAAGGUUGAUCAUUACACAAUUAGGAAACCAUGUCAUUGAAGCUCAAAUUCUGUGUGGCAACAAUGCAGGCACCAGGGUAUUAAUACCAAGACUGGGAUUGACUCCUUCUGACCCAAGACUACCGUUUAAAUUUCAGAGGAAGCAAUUUCCAAUAUUGUUGUCAUAUGCUAUGACAAUAAACAAGAGUCAAGGACAAACUUUAUCUAAUGUCGGACUACUAUUAAAGAAACCUGUGUUUAACCAUGGACAGUUGUAUGUAGCAGCAUCUCGGAUCAUUCCACGUCAUCCAUACCUAUCUCCGUUUUUGCUCUUCCAGCCGUCCUAUCGGCUUCUCGCUGAUUUCCCAGUGGCACUCAACCCUUAG